CCCUCGUCUUCCCAGACCCUCUGCCUUCGUCCUCGUCUCGUUCCAUCAGCAUCCAUCUCGCCACAUCCGUCCGCCAAGCCAGUUCUGCAUCCCGUCUGUGUUCGCCAAGACAUCACCGCCACCCUCGCCCCGCCCAAAACACCAUCCCUUCGUCGUCGCUCGGCCUCGCGCUUCAUCCUCAUCCAACAACCUCCUUCGCGCCCGACCCUCAUCCAAGAGCACUUUUCCUCGCGCUCGCUGCCUGUCUUUCGUAUCUUCUGCAAUGGGUGGCCCUCCUCCUCCUCCUCCUCCCGCUCCGGCUGCCGCGCCUGCGGCCACCACCGAACGCUCGGCGCUGCUGAAAUCGAUCGAGAAGGGAGCAAGGCUGAAAAAAGUUACCACGAACGACAGAAGCGCUCCGGCUCUGGAUGGCGGCAAAUCAUCCGGCCCCGCGGCUAGUGCUGGUAGCUCUGGCGCGGCCCCUGCUCGAGGCGGCGGCCCACCUGGACCUGGCGGGCUGUUUGCGGGUGGAAUCCCCAAGCUGAAGAGUGCCGGUGCUCGCUCGGAUGCCUCGCCGUCAAACAAAGAAAACACCCCUGUAAUUCCAAAGUUCACUCCUCCUUCUCAGCCUCCUCGCGGACCCUCCCAGGCGCCUGCUCUUCCCGGGCGCUCUGGCCAAGGACCACCGCCGCCUCCCCGACAAGGCUCGUUUGCUGCAGGAGUACCGGCAGCAGCCCCCAACUCCAGCUCCAACACUGAGGAGGACGGCCGAUGGACGUUCCGCACCGACCUUCCGCCUCCACGAACAUACAUGUCAAAGUCUACCGGCUCUGUCAACAGACCGCCGCCUCCGCCGCAGUCGGCAAAGCGUCCACCGCCACCCCCUCCUCCCAGAAAAUAA